AUGACGGUUCUCAAUUCUCAGGUUGUACUGAGGAGCAUCAACUCCCUAGUUGCCUUCUCCGUCAUUGUCAUCUUCAUCACCUUCUUGUUCUACCAAGGCCACGAAGUACAACCACCAAUGGCGGUCAAGCAUGAACUAAAAGAAAUACAGGACGAGGUGGCAGCUGAUCACCAUAAACAACCAAGAGGGAAAGAGGCACAGGUCCAAUCAAGAGCUGAGCUCCCAGACGCUACCAAGGAGUGCAAUUGGUCCACAGGACGAUGGGUCUACGACAACAUGUCCCGUCCUUUGUACUCUGGGCUCAAGUGUGCCUUCAUCUUCCCUGAGGUUGCUUGUGACAAAUACGGCAGGAAGGAUGUCAUGUACCAGCAGUGGAGAUGGCAGCCUAACAGAUGCCACCUUCCAAGAUUCAAUGCCAUCAGGCUGCUUGAAAAGCUGAGGAACAAGAGGUUGGUGUUUGUGGGUGACUCACUCAACAGGAACCAAUGGGUUUCGCUGGUGUGCAUGGUGGAGGCCUCUAUACCUGAUGCUAGGCACAAGAUGCGCACCUUCAAUGGCUCACUCAUUUCCUUCAAGGCAUUGGAAUACAAUGCAACCAUAGACUUCUACUGGUCACCGUUGCUGUUGGAGUCCAACAGCGACGAUCCAAUUGGCCACAGGGUGGAGUAUCGGAUCAUAAGGGCAGACAGAAUUGAGAAGCAUGCCAGUGCUUGGAGGGAUGCUGACAUCAUAAUCUUCAAUUCUUAUGUGUGGCGGAGGAAGCAUAAGGCUGACAUGAGGAUGAAGGUCAUGGCUAGCAACUGGGGUGGAGAAAACAGUAACAAAUGUCUCAAUGAGACAGAACCGAUCUACAAAGUCGGAUACAAAGCAGCAAGUACAGAUUACAGUAUGAUGGAGAAGGCUAAGUCAUAUUUUGGGACACUAGAGGAGAAGGGCAUACACAUUCAGAUACUCAACAUCACGGAGUUGUCUGACUACCGUAAGGAUGGGCACCCCACGGUGUUUAGCAAACAGUUUGCCCCUCUAACGACAGAACAGAUCACAAACCCAGCCAGUUAUGCGGAUUGCAUGCACUGGUGCCUCCCUGGUGUGCCUGAUGUCUGGAAUGAGUUUCUGUAUGGCUACCUCUUGUACAAAUGA